CGUUAUAGCCGCUUACAAAGUUUUCGUUCCAACUUCGAUCACUCCCUUGUUUCCGUAAAUCUGAAUCUCAAGUCACCAUCACUAGUCUCGUUGAGAUCAAGUUGCUGUCCUUGUUGUGGUGUGUCCUUGUUCGUAAGAAAGUAGAAACAAGUUGUUCGCCACGUUACGUCGAGCCGUAGUCACCACCGCUUGAGUCAGCGUUUAUCUCCGUCAUUCACUUCUCUCACCGGAGUCGAGAUCCAUCACCGGUGGUUUGGUGGAGGAAGGAAAGAUCAGUGUCAAGUAGGGAUAUUGGUGAUCAGUUUCGGGUCAAAACUAAAGGACCCAGAUUGUGAGUUGGGUGUCGUUGGAUAGAUCUUUCUGCAAGGAAGAAGUAGCAACAAACGGUACUUCGAUCCGAGUUUGCAGUUUCAACCUGACGUUUUGGUGAAAGAAUUCCGGUGAUACCUGUGAACUUUAAGGCAGUUUGACGAUUGUUUCAGAUAGAAGGGGUGUUAGGGAAGCCACCUGAGCCAUCCUUAUCACCGAGAAAGAUUGUUGCUAACUGCUUCAGCCUUUCCUUCCAGUUCUUGCCAGAUCAAAGUCAGAGAAUGGCACCAAACAGAAGAGGAAGGCGUGCGGCAAACCCCAGAGAAAACCAAGUUGGUAAUGCACCAGCUAAUGAGCAAGGUCAACCACAAGCAGAAGAUAAUCCUAUUGCCGCUCAUGCAUAAGAGAUUGCUGCAACUCGUGCAGAGAUGCAAGAGCUCCGUAACAUGAUGCAGGAGAUUUUGGAUCGACCUGUGUAUGCACCCCCACCACCACCUAGAGAAGCAGCACCCCGUCAGCCACCUCCAGUUGCACCUCGGCAUCGUCAGCCACCACCGCUACCGGCAGAGUUUUCUUAUUUCGAGACAAUGAAGCUCAUGGGAACCAUGGGGACUGAGUACUUUAUUGGUGGGAAUGAUCAGACCCGGGCUGAUGAUUGGCAGCAGACGUUGGAGAAAAAUUUCAGGACAGCUAGAUGUCCAAUGGAGUUUAGAAAGGAUCUUGCAGUGCAUUACUUGCGGGGAAAUGCAGACAAUUGGUGGAGAAAUGUUGAGAGGAGCUUACCUGUUGGUUAUGUGCCUACUUGGGAGGAUUUCUUGGAUGAGUUUAAUAAAAAGUAUUUUCCUCAGGAAGCUAUGGACCAGCUGGAAUGUGAGUUUUUGGAGCUUCGUCAGGGCAUAAUGACUGUCAGAGAGUAUGAUGCUGAGUUCACUCGUCUAAGGAGGUUUAUUGGAAGGGAGUAUGGAGAGCAGGAGUUGAUUCGUAGAUUUAUGAGAGGAUUAAGGGCUAAUAUUCGCAAUCGUUGUUCUAUUCGGGGAUGUAUUAGCAUGGUUGAGCUAGUAGAGCAAGCUGCUACAAUUGAAAGAGGAAUUGAGGAAGAAGCUGAGGACCUCAUAAGGACUAAUGAGGGGGUAACUAAGGAAGAAAAAUCUCAUAAGCGAAUUUGGGAUAACAAUGACUCAGAGCUAGGCCAGAAUCGUUUCCUAAAAUGUGUUACGUGUGGCAGAAAGCAUGGUGGAACAUGUUGGGAGGCAAUUGGAGCGUGCAUUAGGUGUGGGGGGACUGAUCAUUUGGUCAAGAACUGCCCCAUCGGAAAUGGAGACUGUAGGAGGUGUGGUCAGCUGGGCCAUUAUGCACGGGAGUGUACUAUGCUUCAAAGAGGGGGACAUCAAGGAAACCAAAACCGGGAAAACCUUCCACCACCUCCGAAGAGGCAAGCUUUAAGGCCUGGUGUGUUUGCUACAUCAAAUCAAGGUGUCGCGUCAGACAUUGCUCUAGAACAAGAUCAGGUUAAAAACUAAAGUUCAAAGGCAGAAGAUUUAAGCUUAUCAGAGGAAAGCUUUAAAUGUUCUUUUUCGGUUUUUCUUUUUGGACCAUACUAUGUUAGGUUCUUAUUCAAUUCAUUCCUUGAAUUUCUAUGAAGAUUUUUUUACUGUUUUAAAUGGUUUUGAGACUGUUGCGUUUUAUUCGAUUCUUUAAUGGUCAAUUGAGUCGUUUAGAAUUUUUAUUGGACAAGUUUUGAUACCAUGAUCUAUUAAGGAUGAAAGCCUAACCGAGCUAAGAAUGUUGAAUUCGGGGACGAAUUCUCUUAAAGUAGGGGAGAACUGUGAGACCCGUUUAGGCCCACUAAAGGCCCAGCUCCUUUGUUAAACAAAACCCUAAGCGAGUGUGUAUAUAUGGGUGUACGUAUGGUCUUCUUCGUUAUAGCCGCUUACAAAGUUUUCGUUCCAACUUCGAUCACUCCCUUGUUUCCGUAAAUCUGAAUCUCAAGUCACCAUCACUAGUCUCGUUGAGAUCAAGUUGCUGUCCUUGUUGUGGUGUGUCCUUGUUCGUAAGAAAGUAGAAACAAGUUGUUCGCCACGUUACGUCGAGCCGUAGUCACCACCGCUUGAGUCAGCGUUUAUCUCCGUCAUUCACUUCUCUCACCGGAGUCGAGAUCCAUCACCGGUGGUUUGGUGGAGGAAGGAAAGAUCAGUGUCAAGUAGGGAUAUUGGUGAUCAGUUUCCGGUCAAAACUAAAGGACCCAGAUUGUGAGUUGGGUGUCGUUGGAUAGAUCUUUCUGCAAGGAAGAAGUAGCAACAAACGGUACUUCGAUCCGAGUUUGCAGUUUCAACCUGACGUUUUGGUGAAAGAAUUCCGGCGAUACCUGUGAACUUUAAGGCAGUUUGACGAUUGUUUCAGAUAGAAGGGGUGUUAGGGAAGCCACCUGAGCCAUCCUUAUCACCGAGAAAGAUUGUUGCUAACUGCUUCAGCCUUUCCUUCCAGUUCUUGCCAGAUCAAAGUCAGGUCAGGAGAGAAAUGUGAUUAGCUACGCAAGUUGGUACUUUCUUUUGGUGUAUUUUUGGGAGAGGGGUGUGACAGUGCCAGUGUAGACAGACACACAUGACACAUUCAUUCAUUUUGUACGCUAAUCUUGUGUGUGAUAUACCAAAUUUCUAUAAUUAGAAAUGAAUAAUGAUCUUUGAACAUAUGACCCUAGAACAAUGGAUAAUGAGAAGCAACUUAGUGGACCUAUGCUAUGUACACAAUUACACAAAUUAGUGGACCUAUGCGGCUAUGCGUGUAUUAAGAUUC